AUGGGGACACACACACCAGCCACAGAGACCAUGGAGACACACACCAGCCGCAGAGACCAUGAAGACACACACACCAGCCACAGAGACCAUGGGGACACAGGCACCAGCCACAGAGACCAUGAGGACACACACACCAGCCACAGACACCAUGGGGACACACACACCAGCCACAGAGACCAUGAGGACACACACACCAGCCACAGAGACCAUGGGGACACACACACCAGCCGCAGAGACCAUGAAGACACACACACCAGCCACAGAGACCAUGGGGACACAGGCACCAGCCACAGAGACCAUGAGGACACACACACCAGCCGCAGAGACCAUGAGGACAAAAGCACCAGGCACAGAGACCAUGAGGACACACACACCAGCUACAGAGACCAUGAGGACACACACAACAGCCACAGAGACCAUGAGGACACACACACCAGCCACAGAGACCAUGAGGACACACACACCAGCCACAGAGACAUGAGGACACACACAACAGCCACCAAUCCAGACAUGAAAAGUAUUGACUGA